AUGAAGGGCCAAUCUAGCUGGUUCCUCUUGGGCAGCUUCGCCUUGUGUGAAGCGCGCUCUUUCUGGUCUUCCGUCCCGGCUACUUUUGCAGAUCGAGAUGGAGACGGGUAUAUUCUCAAGACUGGCUACCCAGUUGGCAAUGCAAUCCCAUUUGGCCCUCCCGGCUCGGAAAAGGUCAACCUGAACAUUGACUCUCUUUGGGCCGGUGGCCCCUUCGGAGCUUCAAACUACACCGGCGGCAACCCGACGGAACCCAAAUAUGAAGCUCUCCCGGAGAUUCGCGCCACGAUUUUUGAGAAUGGAACCGGAGAUGUGUCGCCGUUGCUUGGUGUUGGGGAUGAAUACGGUUCGAACCGCGUCCUCGCCAACCUGACGGUCAAUAUCGAGGGCGUUAGCGACUACAGCGACUACCGACGAACUCUCGACCUCAAGACUGGUGUUCACACCACCAAGUUCGUAGCUAACGGCGCAGCAUUCGAGAUCUCUCAUUUCUGCUCGUAUCCGGACCAGGUUUGCGUAUACCACAUUACUUCGGAAGCGGCCUUGCCAGUGGUCGAAGUAGGCUACGAGAAUCGGCUUGUGGAACAGGACACGUACAAUGUGUCUUGUGGUGAUGGUCAUGUCCGCUUCGCCGGCGUCACUCAGCUCGGCCCGCCAGAAGGCAUGAAGUUCGAUUCCAUCGCGCGGAUCAACAAGGACGCCGCUAUUACGAACUGCACGUCUGCAAACUUCUUGACUGUCACCCCAGAGAAGGACCAGAAGGCUCUCACGAUCAUCAUUGGAGGCGAGACGAACUACGAUCAGAAGAACGGCAAUGCUGAGAGCGACUACUCUUUCAAAGGAGAAGAUCCCGGUCCACUUGUUGAGAAGACGACUUCAGAUGCGGCAUCGAAGUCAUUUGAUACACUCCUGAAGGACCACAUCGCUGACUACCAGAAGCUGGAGAGUGCUUUCGAGCUGAACCUUCCGGAUACUCAAGGUUCCGAGGAGAAGGAGACAGGACAACUGAUCUCUGACUACGUGUACACCGACGGUGGCGACCCUUAUGUUGAGGCUUUGCUCUUCGACUACUCCCGCUACCUUCUAAUCACGUCCUCUCGUGCCAACUCCUUACCCGCGAACCUUCAGGGCCGUUGGACGGAGCAGCUUUGGCCUGCGUGGAGCGCAGACUAUCAUGCCAACAUCAACAUACAGAUGAACUACUGGGCAGCCGACCAGACAGGUCUGGGUGAGACGCAGACUGCUCUCUGGGACUACAUGGAAGACACAUGGGUACCUCGUGGCACUGAAACGGCCAAGUUUCUGUACAACGCCAGUGGUUGGGUCGUCCACAACGAGAUGAACACCUUCGGGCACACCGCGAUGAAGGAAGGUUCGAGUUGGGCAAACUACCCGGCAGCGGCAGCAUGGAUGAUGCAGCACGUCUGGGAUAACUUCGAGUACACCCAAGACAUCGAGUGGUUCACCCGCCAGGGAUACCCGCUCAUCAAGGGAGUCGCCGAAUUCUGGCUCUCUCAACUGCAAGAGGACCUCUACUUCAACGACGGCACGUUGGUCGUCAACCCCUGCAACAGCCCCGAACACGGCCCGACGACGUUCGGCUGCACGCACUACCACCAAAUGAUCCACCAAGUCUUCGAGGCCGUCCUCCACGGCGCGACCUUCGUCUCCGAGGACGAUACCAAGUUCAUCGAAGAUGUCACCUCCAGCCUGAAAAGCCUCGACAAGGGUGUCCAUGUCACGGAAUGGGGCGGCCUGAAGGAGUGGAAGCUCCCCGACAGCUACGGUUACGACGACAAGUCCACCCACCGCCACCUCUCGCACCUCACCGGCUGGCACCCCGGCUACUCCGUCUCCUCCUUCCUGGGCGGCUACACCAACGCCACGAUACAGUCCGCCGUCCGCGAGACGCUCAUCUCCCGCAGCCUGGGCAACGCCGAAGACGCGAACGCGGGCUGGGCCAAGGUGUGGCGGACGGCGUGCUGGGCGCGGCUCAACGAGACGGACCGGGCGUACGAGCAGCUGCGGUACGCGAUCGACGUCAACUUUGCGCCGAACGGGUUCAGCAUGUACUGGGCGCUGAGUCCGCCGUUCCAGAUCGAUGCCAACUUCGGCCUGGGCGGUGCUGUGUUGAGCAUGCUGGUCGUCGACCUGCCGCUGCCGUAUGCUUCGAGAGAGGAUAUGCGGACGGUGGUGCUGGCCCCUGCGAUUCCGAAGAAAUGGGGCGGUGGUAGGGUGAAGGGGCUCCGGGUUCGCGGUGGUGGGGUUGUCGAUUUCAGUUGGGACGAGAACGGGAUCGUGAACGAGGCGACGGCGAAAACUGGUAGUAGUGUCACUGGAGGAAAGGUGCGGUUCGUGAAUGUGGAAGGGACUGAGCUUACUACUCUGUUAGUAUGA